AUGGGCAACUGGCUGUUCAGCGAUGGCCCGGAAACGGUGUACGAGAUGCCUGCUCGUGUACUGGAUGAUUACGUCCGUUUCUCACUGAGGCCGACGGAGGACUGUCAGAAGCAGAUCGAUGAGGCUGUGGACAGCAUCUGUGCUGCCCUGCAGGAAGCCACGGAGCCUCCCGUGGUGACACACGUGGCCAAAGGCGGCUCCUAUGGCCGGAAAACAUUCUUAAAGGGCAGCGCCGAUGGCACCCUUGUCAUCUUCAUCGGUGACCUUGAGAAAUUCCAGGACCAGAAGGAAAAGCGACACAAAAUCCUCGACAAAAUCUGGCAGCGUCUGAGAGCGUGUCGGCUCGAAAGGAAGCUGGCAGCCAGGAUGGAGAUGCUGAGGCUCGACGGUAGCCUCGCCAUCCGGCUGUACACAAAGUGUCAGUGCGUCACGUUGGACGUGCUGCCCGCCUUCGACGCUCUGGACUUAAGUGGCAAGCCCAGCCCCUCGACCUACCGCGACCUCAAAAGAGCCUUGGACAAGGCAAAAGCCGGCCCCGGGGAAUUCUCGGUCUCCUUCACACAACUCCAGCAGAAUUUUUUUAACAACCAUUCCAGGAAGCUGAGGGAUUUGAUCCUCUUGGUAAAGGACUGGCAUCGACUGUGCCAGAAGCGGUCGGAGCCUCGGUCCCUGCCACCCUCGUAUGCUCUGGAGCUGCUCACCGUCUAUGCCUGGGAGGAGGGGUGCAGAGAGGAAGACUUCGAUAUCGUCCAGGGCCUCACAACUGUCCUGGGGCUCGUCCAGCAGCAGGAGCAGCUGUGCGUGUAUUGGACGGUCAACUACAACUUCGAAGAUGAGACCGUCCGGAACGUCAUGCUGGGCCAGAUCCGAUCACCGAGGCCAGUAAUCUUGGACCCAACUGACCCCACCAAUCGGGUGAGCGGAGAUAAGGCGUGCUGGCAACUGCUAAAGGAAGAAGCUCAAGUCUGGCUGUCUCGUCCCAGCCUGCAAGAGUCGCCAUCGUGGAAUGUUCUGCCGACCCCGCUCCACGAGACCCCGGGCCACCAUCUGGACAAAUUCAUCAAGGACUUCCUCCAGCCCACGAAAACCGUCAGACUCCAGACCAAGGCAGCGGUCGGCAUCAUCUCCAAGUUCCUGAAAGAAAUCUGCUUCCGGCACUCCUCCACCAACGUGCAGAAGCCCAUCAAGGCAGGGUCAGCCGGCAAAGGCACCGCCCUGAAGACGGGCUCCGACGCCGACCUCGUGGUGUUCGUGGACUCGCUGACCAGCUUCCCGUCCCAAAGAGCCGAGCGCUACGCGGUCAUCAAGGAGAUCAAGCAGCAGCUGGAGGCCCAGCAGCAGCUGGCGGCCGAGCCGGACCUGGAAGUGACCUUCGAGAUCUCCAAGUGGGAGGCCCCCCGGGUGCUGAGCUUCUCGCUGAAGUCCAGGCGCCUCCCCGGGCCCGUGGACAUGGACGUGCUGCCGGCAUUCAACGCGCUGGAGAAGCUGGGGCCUCUCUGGAGGGUCUACGCCCAGCUCAUCGCUCAGUACCAAGAGCACCCCGACACCCCCGGGGGCGAGUUUUCGGCCUGCUUCACCGAGCUGCAGAGAGACUUCGUCAGCUCCCGGCCCACCAAGCUGAAGGACCUGCUGCGCCUGGUGAAGCACUGGUACAAGCAGUGUGAAAGGAGACUGAAGAAAAAGGGGUCGCUGCCCCCCAAGUACGCCUUGGAGCUGCUCACCAUCUAUGCCUGGGAGCAGGGCAGUGGGGCCACGAGUUUCGACACCGCUCAAGGCUUCCGGACGGUCCUGGAGCUGGUCACCCGGUACCAGCAGCUCUGUGUCUUCUGGACGGUCAACUACAACUUCGAGAACGAGACUGUGAGGAACUUCCUGCUGAGCCAGCUCCAGAAACCCAGGCCUGUGAUCUUGGACCCGGCCGAUCCCACGGGCGACGUGGGCGGAGGGAACCGCUGGUGCUGGCAUCGCCUGGCGAAUGAAGCGGCUGAAUGGCUGUCCUCCUCUCUCUGCUUCAAGGAUGGGACCGGAGAUCCCGUCCCGUCGUGGGAAGUGCCGACCAUACAGACCCCAGGAAGUUGUGGGGCUGGUGUCCGUCCUGUUGUCAAUGAGAUGUUCUCAUGCAGAAGCCGUGGAAUCCCAGACUGGAAAUGCUAG